AUGCCGCCAGACGCUCCAUCGGAGCCUCUGCCAUUCUGGCUCGUGAACGUACCACGAGACGAAUGGCCUGCAAAGUGUCCCGACUUCCUUUCUGGGCUCUCCACGAAAGAUGAACGAAUUAUCGGCACCCCAGACUCGGAGUACCAUCGCAUGACAUGGCCAGAAGUACAGAAAGCUGUCGAGGCCAACCGUCCGGAUCUCUUCCAACGCGUCCCGUCUGAUCUUCGCAAGUACCGGAAGUACACCUUCAUGUUGACCAAGCAAUAUGGAUCUAUCAUGAACUUUGUCCUCAAGCAACGCCUCCAAUGGCUGGACUUGACGCCGAACGGUGGUCCCUUUGUGUAUCCCGAGGACAUCAAGAUCCUACAUAACGACUGGCCCUACGGCGUGGAUGAGAAGAUUGUCCAUCUUGUCAUCUGGACAAAGUUUGAUCUUGAGGACGACCCCGCAACAGACGACUUGACGCCUGAGGCUCGUGAGCAGAUUGACGAGUAUGUCAACAAGACGUUCUGUACGAGGGUCAAUCCAGAUCGCGUCAUUUGGUUCAAGAACUGGCGAUCACUUAAAUCAGUUCACGCUGUAGAGCAUUUCCAUGUUAUGCUUUAUGACCCAGAUCCGGCGUUUAUUGAGGAGAUCACGAACGGAGAUGUGCCUCUGUCGGCCAAGGUACCUUGA